UUUAAGUGAUUCAAUGUGCUUUACAGUGUAGAGAGGAAGUGAAACUGUGAUUUUUGGUUUAAGUGCAAGGAUGGAUAUGUCCGGGACCAUGUCGGGGGCGAAUUCGCUCAACAUGAGGCCACUCUUCAGUGGAUACCCUUUUCAAGUUGCUGUUGAAUACGCAUCGCCAAAUAUGUAUGGUCAAGGCCGCGUCAACCAGCUCGGCGGUGUGUUCAUCAACGGUCGCCCCCUGCCCAACCACAUCCGCCUGAAGAUCGUCGAGAUGGCAGCCGCCGGCAUUCGGCCGUGCGUGAUCUCCCGCCAGCUGCGCGUUUCCCAUGGCUGCGUCUCGAAGAUACUGAACCGCUACCAGGAGACGGGCUCGAUUCGUCCCGGUGUGAUCGGGGGCUCCAAGCCGAAGGUGGCCACACCGGAAGUGGAAACGCGCAUCGAGGAGAUGAAGAAGAUGAACCCGGGCAUCUUUAGCUGGGAGAUACGCGAGAAGCUGAUUAAGACCGAUCCGAGCGCGGGCUAUUGCAGCGCGGACGGCGGCCUCCACAGACAGCCAGGCGCAGAUUACCGAUGUCGUGAGGAAGGCGUUUCGGAUCCACCGAGUGUUUCGUCCAUCAGCCGGCUGCUGCGAGGGGGAGGCAGUGCCCCAGACGGACGGAAGGACGACGACGGGCGGAAGGAUUACAGCAUCCACGGGAUUUUGGGAGGUCGUGGAUCAGACUCGAGCGAUACGGAAUCCGAGCCGGGGAUCCUGCUGAAGCGUAAACAGCGUCGGUCACGGACGACCUUCACCGGUGAACAGUUGGAGGCGCUGGAGAAGGCCUUCCAGCGGACGCAAUAUCCGGAUGUUUACACGAGGGAAGAGUUGGCCUCGUCGACGAACCUGACGGAAGCCCGCAUCCAGGUGUGGUUCAGCAAUCGACGGGCUCGGUUGCGCAAGCAUGCCGGCUCGCAGAUGUCCACUCCGCUAGGUUCGCUGGGAUCCAUUCCGAUGACCCAGUACCAUCCGGGGGUACCGACACAGGAGUCGUACCAGAUGGCCGCCGCCGCUAACUAUGACUUUGUCAGCCACAGUCCAGCUUCGUUUUCCGCCGGGUACCAGCAUGGGCACUUUGGUGGACAGAAUUUUGGCCCGAAUGCGAUGGGAUUCCACCAGAAUAGUCAAGAUUUCAUCCCACCGGAGUACACCAAAAUGAUGAACGAAGAAUACCUCAAGCCGGCGCACGAAAAUUCCUCUUCGGUCAAGUUGAGUCCAACGGCGGCCCACGGGGGUCCAGCUUCGCUAGGGGACAGCUAUGCAACCAAAUUGAGUACGGUGGCGUCGACGGCGUCGGCGGCGGCGGUGGUGGCCUCCAGCAUUGCUCCACAGGAAUCGUCCUGGAGUCAAAGCUACCCACCGCACCCGGGACAGAGCUACGGAGCGAACCUUGGCCCUAGCUGUCCUCCGUCGGUAACCUCCGGCGGUCCCGUUGAAUACCACCAGAUGCAACAGGCCUACACCAACAAUACCCUGGCGGCGGCCAAGUACUGGUCAUGAUGCGGUCUCUCUGCUUGAGCAGUGUUUGACUUGAUAUUUAAAUUGUAGAUCUUCUGAAGGUUUCCUGUCCUGUUUAGCAAAGUUAGGUUAAGUUAUCAAACUAAGAAGGUUUCCUAAUUGUUUUGCAAUAGUUUCUUCCUCCAAAGGGUGCGCAGUAAGACGAUCCCAAAUCUCUUAAACUAAAGCUCCUAUUUUAGAUUUUUCGAACAUGCUUUGAAUAGGUAGCUGUUUUAGGUUAGGUUUUAUUCAUUCAAUAUUUAUUUUCAGAAAAAUUUCAUGACACGCAUACAACUAGGUCUCACUUAGCCUUCCACCAAACAAAGCGUAGUGAUUAGACAAAUAAAAUUUAAAAACCAUUGACACAAAACGUGUGAAUAAAUGCCUUAAAUUACA